GACUCCUUGGCAGGGUAGGGUUCUUCCUCUUAAACAGACACGAAACAUCACAAUUGCAUGUAUUUGUUGUUCACCUAAUUUCUAAUAUGUUAACACAUACCUUCUUUCCUCUUACAGCACUGACACCGACCGGUUUUCCGGUCCAUCGGGCACGAAGUCUUUGGACUUUGCAGACUUUUUAAUGAAGUUUCCGGCAUCGGCAGACAGCAAAGCACCCACCAAACUGGACAGGUUAAAGGCAGGGUUUCCGGGCGAUCGUGUCUUCUACGACAAGUGGCGUGCCGCCCAAAAGGCCAAAAGAAUGGAACGGCUGCUGAAGGCCUUUACCCGAAAACCCCAAGAAAGCACGGUGAAAUACGGGAUUCUGAAGGAAGGGUGGAAGAACAACUGUCCAAAGCCAGCGGACGUUUUGGCGGCUUGGAAACCAGCCACCAAACUUGUCAUUGAGACUGAUGAGGACCUCCGCCGGAACGUGUCUCAGCAGACGUGGAAAGGCCUGGCGAUCAAAGAUUUUGGUGGAGAGAAAGGGCUAGGAGUUGUUGCAACCCAACCCUUUUCCAAGGGUGACAUCGUGUGUGAUUACCAUGGGAAGGUAAUCACUUAUGCCCAGGGAAGAGUCAUGAUGCAGCUUCUACAGGAUGAAGCAGGGUACCUGUUUUUCUUCAGGACCGGCCAGAGGCAUCUCUGCAUCGACGCCCAGACUUUUCCAUGUGAAUGCCACCCCUGUGCAGACACUGUGGGCAGAAGACUCAAGCAUUCAUCCGAGCAAGCCAACCUGUGUCCAGAACCUUUCGUUUUGAAGGUGAAUGGACAGGACGUGGAUGUCAUCCUCUUCAGGGCCCUGCGGAACAUCAGUGUGGACACUGAACUGAAGUUUGACUACGGGGUGAAAAGGAAGUCCUUCCGAGGAGAGGGCCAGGAUCUGCAAUGGCUUGAUGAGUGAUGUUGCUCAUCUGCUGAUGUGCUAUGCUAGUCAAACGGGGUUCAGAUCCCUAUGUUGUAAAUUAUGUCAAUAUUUGAAAAGCCUAAUUCUGUGUAGACAGAAUUAGAUUCUUAAUUAGAUUCUUAUUACUUAGAAUUUAAUUUUUUCCAUCCACUUUUUGCAAAAUAAAAAUGUGACUAGAGUAUGUGUUUU